AUGGUCCGGGUCCCGCCCGACUUCGUGGAAUGGGAGGCCGAAAGCGUGGCCCUGCACCUUGAUAGCGGCUGGUACGCUUUCCCCACCCCGGGCCUGGACCCCUGCCAGCCGCCAGCAGCCGUUCCAGUGGCCUUUGCCGCGCUGACCGCGCGGCGCUGCCGCCUGCUGGACGCGCUGGGGGAGGCCUUCGAGCUGCAGCCCAGCGCAGUGAUGGUUGCACGGGAGCCGUCAGGCGGCUACCUGGAGGAGCGGCUGGAGCGGCGCUGGGCGGGGUCCUCGGCGGGCGUGGCCUCGCGCCACACACUGCCGUCGCACCCCUCCCUGCUGGCCCCGGGCCUGACGGCGCGCGAGGUCCAGCUCAGCAUCCUGGGGCGCACGCUGGACGCGGGGGUGUGGCGCAAGGCCUUCCUGGCGGGCGGCUACGACGCCGACCCGGGCGAGGACCGCGCGGCCAGCGUGGCCGCCGGCUACGCCGCGCAGGUGGUGCAGGCCGCAGCGCGGUACCUGGGCGUGCCGCUGCGUUACCCGCUGCGCCUGGAGGGGUCCACCUCCGGCAUCGCCAGCGGAUACGCGCCGGCGGGCGGGUGGCGCCCCGCCCCCGCCCCGGCCCCCUCCUUCUUCUCGGGCGCGCCGGCGGCGGACCCGGGCGCGGCAGACGCGGGCGCGGAGCUCCAGACCUACCCGCUGCACUGCACGGGCGACCGGGACCGGCCCAGGUUCGGCAUCGCAGUGUACCUGCUCAACAAGGACGUGGCCCAGCUGCUGCAGGCGCACGGCAUGAGCGCUGGGGGACCGGGCCACCUGCUGGCUAAUUUGCACAAGCUUCUGGCCGCGGCCAGGAGUGCAGGGCUCUGUUGA